UGCAACUCCUCGAUUGACGUUGUCUUUUAACGUCUGCGGCACUUGGUGACUUUGGACUGUCAUCAGCAGCAGUUUCUCUGGGUUAUUAAAGGUGAAUAUCGCGACUGGACGGAAUACCUAAAAAAGUGCGUUGAGUAUGUGAAAAUCCUCCAUUAACGUCGUCUAACAUUUGCAACACCUGGAAACUUUGGACUGUCAUCAGCAGAAAUGUUGUUGGCCUGAUGAAGGACGUCGUGAUGCCUAACAAACUCUGCUGAGUCCGAAAAUUGGGCGACAAAUGUGUUGAGCCUGUGAAAUUCCUCGGUUAACAUUCUCUUCUAACAUCUGCGACACUUGAUGACUGGACUGUCAUCGGCAGAAGUGUCGUUAGGUUAUUAAAGGUGAAUGUCGUGAUUGGACGGAAUACCAAACAAAGUGCUGCGCCAACGGAGGCUCGAACUGAGAGUUGGACAAAGUGAGGAUCAUUGUAUUACAUCUGGAUCGACUCGUACAGUUUGAGUCUCCAAAACAAAAUACCCGAUGUCCAGAGUACCUUGAAAUUUCCUACAUCUCCAGGCUCCGGACCGUCAUCGGCAGAUGUGUCGAUAAUUCUGGAGGAGAUCUUGGAUCUGGCCGUAAUAAUUACGCCAAAGUGCCGAGCAUUGGACGGGAAAGUGAGGACCGAUACGUCGAGUCUCCGAAAUUCCAUAACGGGCAUGAAGCGCCUUAAGAAAUUUGCAUACCUCCGGGCAGCAGACCAUCAUCAUCACCAGAAGCACCAUUAACCCCGGCUCGAGUCGUUAGCCGAACAUUCGCCACUAACUCGUUAGGCCUACAACCAAAGCCUACUUGUUGGGUUCAUUGAUCCAUGAUCCAUGUAGAUGCAGUGGCAGAUAUUAGGAUCGCAGCGAAAGUUCAGCGGAGAUAGUAGAAGACAAGAAUGGAGGACGUGUUGUAAAGCGAGCUGAAGAAGACUGAUACCAAAAACACUUGGUUUGUACAGUUUCCCUCCAACAAUCCUGAACGGAUACCUACCAAGAGCCUUCUGAGAUCCACUCAACAUCCGCAGACCCCAGAUCAUCAUCAGUGGAGGUCCCACCAGCUACAUUUCCAGUCCUUGGCCACACAAUCGCCCGUAAGCUUAUCAAACACCAUUCGGCACCCAAAACCUUGUUGUGUCCAUUGACCCAUGUAGUUGGUGCAGUGGCAGAUUAGAGGCACGUGGUGAUAGUGCCAGCACAUCCAUCAUCUGCAUAGCCUAACAAGAUAUGGGGAACGUGUUAUGGGCGAUGGCUUAGGUGCCGAUGAAGGAGGCCCCGUGUUUGGCGAAGAAGAGGAGGUUGGAAGUGGCUUCACGUGGGUGUCCUGACUCUGGGACAGAAUGCGGUGGCGACCUGGUGUCCAUAACCGAUGAAUGUUGACAUCGAGGCAGGAAUUGCGUCCCCAGUAAUGAUAUUCCAGUGCUGAUCCAGGGAAAAGGGAGAUGUCCCGGCUUUCAGGAGGCUGUGAUGGGUGUUCCUGAGCGGGGAAUUGCCGGACUGCAAAAAGGACCCCAUUAGCAGACCCCGUUCCUAAUCAUUCGGGUUGAUAGGCUACUUUGGGGGUUGCCAAAGCCUGGUUAUCGGUUCCGUCGGGUGACCGAGCGGGAUUUUAAAGUGCCGGGCAGGACACACUGUGUUUACGGUGAACCGCUUACCUAGAAAAGGUGGGUUUCCCAUGUGGACAUUGUGGGUGGUGGCGGACAGACUGUAGCGGAUUGGGUGAGGUUUUUGGGAUACGUUGGGAGCUGGUAUAUACUUGAAAAAUAAUUUCUAGAAGAGUCUGCGAGCAGCUUCGUCGUCAAUUAGGUCCCUUGAUGUCCCCGUUGGUGACUUUGUGAGUUAAACCGAGGCAUCGGUACUUGAGAUUGAGUAUAACGCCUGUGACAGAGUUGGGAUGUUUUUUGGGUGUUGUCCAGAAAGCGUUACGGGUUAUUAACAGGUCCCUAGGGAUUUAAAACCCUGACGAGUCGUGGGAUGUGGCUCAAGGGUCGUCGCGAGUGCUUUUAGAAAAAGGGUUUUCAAAUAACGCACUUUCGUUCCUGGAUUUAGGAGGGCAGGUACGAGGACUUCCUGAAUUCCCCGUAGGGAUAGGUUUGUGCUCGACAGCCAGGGAAAAGUAACAGUGACAGGGUCGUCUGGAUGAAUUAGAAGACGUUAGCUUGAACUGUUUCCGCAGGGGACUUUCGGGAUUAACGGUGAAGCCGGGAAGAUUUACAGUCCAGGGUAGACCAUGAUACAUGGAAUGUUCUCCCGAAGCCAUGACUGAUUCCCCUGGAAGACGAAGUGCCAGGCAUUAGGAGAAAACUAGGAAACGCAUCGCAAGGACUUUCUUUGGAUCAGUCAGGGAGGUAACCGCUUCAGCCGAGAAGGUUACUCAAUGCAGAAGACACCCCAGUGAUGGUGAUUGGCGUCCAGACAGAGGAUUCGUGACGCAAGGAUGAGUUACAAGGUAUCCUAGGUUGUGCAGGGAUCGUGCCACCAAUCCCUGAGGAUUUACGUCUGAUCGCACAGUAGGAUGUUCCUCUACCUUGGGAGGUAGAAGCUAGGACAACCUGAUCAGGCAAUCCGAGUCGGGCGUGGGACAGGAUCCGUUGAUGACUCGAGCUAUCUCGAGUCACAUGUGCCAUAACCAGGUCGCGGAGAUGACAGAGAGCCGCACGAUGUCGCCGUCGACAGCAUCUUCCAGCGGCACGAUCUCGAUCUGUCUGGGCUCCCCAAACCAGCGGCGGACCCCGUCAAGAACACCACCUCCGAGGAACCCCCAGGGCGAGGAGGAUGAGAUCUCUGUCGGGUGCCCCAGCCCACUGCCGCUGGUCGUGAUCGCCCCCACGGCGAACGUGGAGGACUCUCGGAACUUCUCCAGAGACAGGUUCCUCGACAGACACAGCCCCAAGGGGUACCGGGACGUGCUGACCAAGGUAGACCGGUACUCCAGGAACGGGGAACGCAGACCAACCUGCGUCAACAGAGUCCCCGGGGUCCACGGGACGGAGAGCAGCGACGCGAUGUCCCUGAAAGAGGACGACGACGAGGAGGAGGACGAGGAGGAGUACGAGGCAGGGACCGCGGAGGAUGAGGAGUCCCAGGAGAACCCAACAGCCUCCAGAGGUGCUGACGACUACUUCAAGCCCCUCAAACGGCUAAAGAUGGUGCCCAUGCAGCAGUCCGACGAAGAGGAGGACCGCGACCGGGAGCAGACCGUCAGAGGAGUCAAGUCCUUCAGCAUCCUGGACAUCCUGUCGCACAGACCCAAGGCGAAGAUCGUCAGACCCUGGGACACGGCGGAGACGGAGGCGGCGACGCAUCUCAGCGACCAUCGGUACCAUCAUCAUCACCAUCACCACCACGAGCUGCACCAGCAGCAUCAGAAUCAUCAGCGGCACGUCAAGCAUCACCAUCGCGCCCUGCCCAAGGAUUUGUCGCUGGUGGGCAUGUCCCUGGCACCUAUUUCCGGGCCCAUGAGCGAACCUCCGCUCAGCAGCUCAUCCUCCUCUGGAAGAAGCUCCGUCUCCGACUCUGGAAGCCCGGAUCCCCUUGCUCAUCAUCACCAUAUGCUGCAUCAUGGCAUUCAUCCUGGACUUCAUCAUCCGGCUAUGCAGCAGCAGUUCAAGAGGAACUCACCCCAGCAGCAUGGAUCCCAGGGUGGACAAAACGGAAAGAGGGCCCCUGGCCAGGGAAGUCCCCUCGACGCUCUCUUUCAAAUGACUAGCAAGACUUUCGACGCCGGCGAUCACAGUCAAGAACAAGCGAACCACCUGAACCUGUUCAACAACCGGCAGCAGCCUAAGAAGAAACGCAAGAGUCGAACGGCGUUCACGAACCAGCAGAUCUUCGAGCUGGAGAAGCGAUUCCUGUACCAGAAGUACCUCAGCCCAGCAGACAGGGAUGAGAUCGCUGCCCAGCUGGGUCUCAGUAACGCCCAAGUGAUCACCUGGUUCCAGAACAGGAGGGCGAAGCUAAAGAGGGACAUGGAAGAGCUGAAGAAGGACGUCCAGACGGUGAACCCGUUGCUGGUGGCGCAGCACCACAAGACCUUUUUAGAGAACGUCCAGGACUUGGGCAUCUUGAAGAAGAGGCCCCUGCCGAGUGCAAUGGAAGAAAAGUCCUAG